GUUCUAUAUCCCGAACACUUUAUAAGUUGAAUUUAUUUGUGUUUAAUAAGGCCAGCGUGAUGAUAAGCCAAACGUUUUUACACGUGGCCCUGCUUACAAUGUUUUAUGGAAGGUUAGUCAUAUCUGACGUUUUCGUCUCCGAGCGUAAUGGUAAAGAUAGUGCAUCCUGUGGUACUCGAACAAACCCCUGUCAUACUUUUGAAUUUGCUGUUAAGAAGCUUGAUAAUUCAAAGAUUACUGUACGGCUGGACGGAGGUUCUGUCGAAGCAUAUGUAUAUUAUAUAAACAACUCGAUAAUGGUGGAUAAAAACCUUUCAGUGACAACUUAUAAAGAUAAUAAAUUUCGUCCUAUCAUCAAGUUCGCAGACCAAAAGAAAAAUGCACAAGCGUACUUAUUUUACAUGGACAAAAACACGCAUAUCUACUUAAGAAUCGAGAACAUUGAUUUUAUAGAAGUUGCACUUUUAGAAUAUUCUUCGUCUUUUACGACCACUAUUGUAAACUGUAGUUUUGAAAAUGCAAAGCUUCCUAUCAUCGCUCCUUUUAGUAGAGACUACACUGCAUCUGUUACAGUACACCUUUCUAAAAGCGUGAUAAAGCAUGCAAAAUUUAUGCGUGCGCGAUUUGUUAAAAACUUGGUAGUUACGAUAGAUUCUAGUUCAAUACAAUAUAACGAGGAGGAUAUUGCAGAGGCAGCAAUAAACAUAUAUGCAACAGAAAUACUUCAGCUUAGAGUAUCAAAGAGUACAUUGAAAUGCCCUUUUGGUGUUGCAAUUGAAUGUGAAACUACAUCUAACUCUUCAAUUGAAAUUCACGAUUCGACUUUUUCUACGGACUAUAAUUUAAACCAAACAUCGUGGUACGGAGUUAUUUCGAAUGAAUGUUCAAGAAUUGCAAUACGAAACAGCAAGUUCUCAGGUUUUCGGAGGUCAGCAGUACGAGCAUUUCACACAUCAACCAUUACAGUUAACAAUGUUUCUUUUACGAACAACAAGGGUACUAAUGGUGGAGCCAUGCAUGUUGAAAACAGCAAUCUUUUUAUAUGCCACUCAAUAUUCUCAAAUAACACUGCAAAAACUGGUGGUGCUUUAUAUCUCUACGAUGGAAAUAAGGCUGUUAUCGUAUCCUCGGUAUUCCUUUAUAAUUCAGCUCAUAGAUCUGGAGGCAACGUAUAUGCUCAACGAUCAUUGGGUGACUCAGCCUUGACUUUAUAUCUUUACUCCGUUCAAAUCACAGGUAUGAUGUUACGUCCGUUAGCAACCGGAAUAAUUAUCCAUAGCAACGUGAAUUUAUUUUUAACAAACGUAUCAGCAUCCAUUGUCAACGCCAUGGAUGUUACAGUGUUAGAUGCGUUGGUUUGUGAUGGCACAUGCGCCGUUGGAAUGCAAGAGAUUAGCAACUUAUCCUUAUCUUGUCCACGUAACUUUGACGUGACAACAAGUUUGUCAUCUCAACAUGAUCCCCGGUUAUCUUCAAUCCGAUGUCAUAGAUGCCCUAGAGGAAUGUAUAGUAUUAAAAGUAGCAAUACAUUGUUAAAUCAAGGAAAAAAGGAUAUUGUUGUGCAAAAAACAAGUUUUAAGUGCUUUUCGUGUCCUCCUGGUGGGAAAUGUAAAAAUGGAAUAAAAAGUAAAGAACGUUUUUGGGGAUAUGUUGGGGAAAAUGAUGAAAUUAAAUUUAUACCAUGUCUGGCUUCAUAUUGCUGCUCUCAAAAGACAACAAAAUGCACUUCAUAUAAUACUUGUAGUAAAAACAGAGUGGGUAUACUUUGUGGGACUUGCCAAAAAGGUUAUAGAUUGAAUUUUUUUAAUAAUAAUUGCAUUAACAAAAACAGAUGCAAUAUAUGGCUGUUUUGGAUUUUAUAUCUAGCGUAUGGCAUACUAUAUGUGAUGUUUUUAAUGUAUUUUAAAACUAUACUUACGUAUUUUUAUAACGUCCUGCGCAAAUUAAAAUGCAAGAGAAAAAAAUCGCAGUUUGAUAAUCAUUUAUAUCAAUACAGACUUUUCAGAGAAAGUUCUGAUGAUAAUACGGAAGAAAUUGAAUGUCAGAGAGAUGAUGAAGAUAUUCCAACAAACAAAGGUGGAAGCACAGAUGGUGAGAAUAAAACAGACUUUUCUAUCUCAGGGUUUAAAUCAGUCAUAUUCUUCUUUUAUCAAAUUCAAGUUUUGUUGGAAGUUCCUGCGGUUGAAAAGAAUAAUCACGGAUAUAUAACAAAAAUAACAAAUUCAAUAUCAAAAUUGUUUAACUUUGAACUAAUUCACUUCAACAUAUCAAAACUAUGUCCAACAGAAGAUCUCGAUGCACUAUCAAAAGCAUUGAUAAAACUCGGUAACAUCUUUAUCCUCUUUCUAAUAAUUCUCAUAUUUGCUACUGGUAUAAAGACAAUCCAAAUUCUUAAAAGGAAAAGAGAAUUAACAUUUUUACCUGCUGAAGCAAGCACGAAUAAAAUCAUGGAAAACAUUCGUAAUUGUUCCAUUCAAAUAACCCUGCUUGGAUAUACUGCAGUAAAUAUUUUUUGCUUUAAAAUGUUAAAUUGUGUUUCAGUUAACAGUGAAAAUCACUUAUACAUUCAGGGAGAUACUAAAUGCUAUACUUGGUGGCAAUAUUCCAUUCUAACGUUCACCUUGUUAUGGAUAAUUCCUUUCCCAAUUUCUGUGCAUGUGUCUGUUAAUAUGCUACGAAGAAAUCAAAUAAAUUUAAGACAAUUUUAUUUAUCAUUUACCAUUCCACCAAUAUCGUUGUAUUACUACUUGAGAUGUUCAUGUGUGAACAAGAGAUUAGACAUCGCUGACAAUAGGGAUGGUAUCGACAAGAUAGUUGAGAUUUUUAUUGGUCCAUACAAGUCCAAUCAAAAGUCUCAACUGAAUUGGGAAGCCGUUUUGAUUGGUCGACGAAUAAUAAUAACAGGCUUAUGUGCAUUCAUUAUCAACCCUAUAUCAAGAACAAUUUCCACUUUGCUUGUAUUGUUGAGCUAUCUGUUACAUCACUUGUAUGUUUUACCAUACCGUUCAAAAAUCUUAAAUCAUCUUGAGACAGCCUCGCUUUCCUGUUUAAUAUUCAUCAAUAUUGAAAAUUCAUUCUUUGCAUUUGUGUAUAUGAACGAUCAAUCCAGCGUACCAGGUAUUAACACAAUUGCUGUUGUUUUUAUCUGGACAGAACAUAUAAUAUUGACAACACCAUUUGUAAUAAUAAUAGCUGCAAUUGUGUUUCGGCUGAUCAAAAAAAUUGGUUCCAUGAUAAAAAAUUGCAUUGUAUGAUGUUAAAGGUUGCCUCCCGAGCAAAAACAAGUUGUCUUAAAAUGAUCCACAACAACACGUUAUUUGACAAAAAACAAUGUUUUUCACUAUAUUUACAGAUUAAAAGGAGUACCAUUGGAAAAGAAAUUGAUUUACUGCUGUUUAGGUUCUUAAUAGGAAUCCUUACAAGUGUGUUUGGUCUGAUCAAAAAAAUUGGCACUACGAUGAAAAUUUGCAUUUUCUAGUAUCUGAAGUUUUUACACUGACUGUCAUCAAUUUGACAAUUUCUGUAGUCAAAAGUUCAUAGAAAAUUACAAAGUGUCGAUUCCUUCCGCUGCAAGUGCGUAGUAAAAGUAAUAUUAAUUUUCUAGCCGACAGUUUUGUAAUUUUAGAACGUAGCAUAAUUGAAUAUUAAUAUAUAUUUAGUGAUCAAUAUGUGUUUUUUGA